UGCCUCCCACUUUACAAUUUCACAUCAGAACCAUCACACCCGACAUCACCUCAUCUCUCACCCAGAAACAUCUCCAUCCAUCUGUUCAAACACCUAAACCAGAGCCUAACCCUAAGAGGCUGUAUCUUUUUUAUACCCAAUUUCCAUCUUUCACAAAUCAAUCAAGCUAGACCUAGAAUCAGUAAUUAUUAUGUGAGCAAGAAUAGGUCGGCUAAAUUGGUUCUCAAGAGUGAAUAAAUUGACAAGCUAGGUCUGAAAUUGAUGUUCCUUCAAACACCAACAAAAUGCAGCAGCGAAUUGACAAGAGAACACAAGCAGCAUGCGUUGUCAAUUGGGUCUGAAUCUGAUCUCUUUUCAAACAGCGACAACAUCAGCAAUUCAGUGAAGAUAAUGUCAUGGUUGUGGAGGAUAAAAAGUACUGCUGCAGUGGUGCUAAAGCUUUGAUUGUUUAGUGCUACAAUGUGCUAGGAAAGAACUCGACAGUGCUAAAGCUUUCACACAGGUCGUUAUUGCUGUUCACAUUCUCGGCCGUUCUCGCAGUACUGUCAGGUGACUGAAAGACCUCUUCACCGGCCUGAAGAAGUUAAGUAAAGAGCCAGAUUUGUGGUACCUACGCUAUCCUGUCGCUGGAGUUGUUUGUGGUUAAGAGAAACUUCCAUUAAAUAGGUAAGAACAAAGGAGAUUCAACCGAAAAGAGGGGACGUUCAGUCUGAAUAGCCUUUCUCGGAUGCGCACCGGAGGUAAGUUUCUCAAACACUACAACAAAAUGACGUCUCUGCUUUGUUAUUGCUUAGCCUGAACGGUUGGGUAUUGGGUUUAACAAUUAUGCUAUAUAUCUUGUUAAUGAAUAUGAGUUGGCCUCUCGUUAGCUGCCAUAUUUUUAUUGCCAUAGUCCAAUAGAAACCCAGUUUAGGAUUGAUAGACGUUACAACACUCUGCCAUUAUCACAUCUGCAACAUUUUUAAUUUUUCUUGUUAGUUUGUGUAAUUUUUAGCUUGUACUGUGUGUUUAGCCUAUCGUGUUUAGUCUUAGUAGCUUAUAUACUUGUUUGCAUCAUUUAGGAAUUGGUAGAAGCAUUCUUUUCUUUUUAUACUCCCUCCGUUUCGUUUUUAUAGGUCGGUUUGGGAUAGCGGCGUGAUUAAGGAUUUUAUCAGUCCGCCGUUUUUUUAUGUUUUUUUCCAUUUUUGCCCUUACCUAAUAAAUUCCGCUCUCCAAAAUUGAAACCGAGAACAACCAAAUUCAAAACUUCUCUCUGAAAUUGAAACUGAGAAAACAACUCUUCCAAAUUCAAAAUUCGUGUGUUUUCUGGAUCUGUUGAAUUAAAUUAAAGAUGGGGAAAGGAUGAAUCAGAUUGUUUAAGAGAGUUUAAAGUUGAUAAAGAAUUUUGAUUAACUAAAGAAGAAGUUGAGAAGCGUCGUCAGAUUGUUUAAGGGUUUGAAUGAAUUUGAGAAACAUGACGGUCCUUCGAUUUGGAGUUUGGUUUUAGAUCAGUUUAAUGAUACUCUAGUUAGGGUUUUACUUGUUGCUGCUGUUAUUUCGUUUGUUUUAGCUUGGUAUGAUGGUGAUGAAGGAGAACUGUGUUGAUGAAUUCCAGCUGAUAUGAAAGUAUUGAAUGUGAGUGAAAUGGGUUUUGAUGAAUUCCAGCUGAUAUGGAAGUAUUGAAUCUGAGUGAACUGUGUUGAUGAAUUCCAGCUAUUAUUCUCAGUGUGUGUCAAUGGGGAUUCACCCUUUACGUGUUUGAUAAAAUUACCGAGUGAAAUGGGUUUUGACUUGAAUCAAAUUCCUGAGGAUAAUCUAUCUCAAGGUAAUUUCCCAUCUCCAAUUACAAUUCCAUCUCCAAUUAUAAUUCAAUCUCCAACUAUUAAUGAUUCAGAUCAAUAUUGUCUCAUCGAUUUAAACGAAUGUUACCCGGAAGAAAGUGAUGAUGGUGAUAGUGAAGAAGAAGAAGAAGAAGAAGAAGAAGAAGAAGAAGAAGAAGAAGAAGAAGAAGAAGAGGAAGAGAUACAUUGUCCCAUUAACACCAUCGCAGAACCAGAACCUAUUCGCCAUGGAAAUAAGAAGAAGAAUUUAACCUCUAAUGUGAAGAGAAGGAUUCUUGAAAAAUUGAUGCAAGGAAGCACAGAUGGGAGACUUCGCAAAAGUUGGUUUCAGAACUGUUUCGAGAUUAUGGCAUGAUGCAAAACUGGCUGAUGCAAAUGGAGAUGUGGUUGAUAUCUCUUCUAAGAUGGUCCGCAGAGUUGGUAGAAAGAGAAUUCAAUUAGAUUUACAUAGAAUUAAGUUGAUACCUCUUCGCAAACGAACAACGAUAAGAGGAAUAGCACACGCACUAAACUUGUCAACUGCAACAGUACAUCGACGAAUCAAGGAUGGGAAUCUUCGACCACACUCGAAUGCCUUGAGGCCGGGACUUACAGAUGCAAACAAGAUAGCAAGGGUGAAUUUUUGCUUAAAAAUGAUAGACAAAGGUAUGACCCAAUCUUCAAAUUCAUUCAUUGACAUGUUGGAUCGAAUUCAUAUAGAUCAAAAAUGGUUUUACAUUACAAGAAGAGCACAAAAGUAUUAUCUUCAUGCCGAAGAAGAAGAGCCUUAACGCACGUGUAAAAGUAAAAAAUGUAUUACCAAAAUCAUGUUUUUAACGGCCGUGGCUCGUCCUCGCUUGGGUUUUGAUGGUAAGAUCGGAAUAUGGCCUUUUGUUGUUAAAGGAGCAGCAAAAACCGCAAAGCUGGGACAAUGGAAACCGAGGCCAUGAAAUCUGUUAACAAAGAGGUUAUGAGGUGUUUUUUGAUUGAGAAAUUGCUGCCUGCUAUCAAGAAGAAAUGGCCGUUUAAUAAUUGUAAGAAAAUCUUUAUACAACAAGAUAAUGCAAAACCACAUGUCCACGAGAAUGAUAAAAAAAUUAUGGAAGCGGUUAGAAGUUAUGGGCUAGAUAUCGAGUUGUUGUGUCAACCUCCAAACAGUCCCGACUUGAAUGUUUUAGACCUUGGGUUCUUCAGCGCUAUAUCUGCACUUCAUCAUACUGAUGCUCCAACCACAGUAGAUGAGUUUAUCGCAAGUGUUACGAGAGCGUUUGAAAGUUUCUCGGUUGAACACGCAAAUAAUGUUUUCAUAACAUUACAAUCUUGCAUGAAGGAGAUUCUUAGAAUCAAGGGUGGGAUUCACUACAAGAUUCCUCAUAUGCAUAAAUGGCGUUUAAUUAGAGAUGGACAACUCCCAAAUGUACUUGAGUGUGAUCCUCAAGUAUUGAAUGAGGCCAGGGAAUUUAUGAGAAAGUAUGAAAUUAUGCAAGAAAGUUCUUCAGAUGACAAGGUUAAAAGCGAUAAACAGCAUAAAAGCAGCAGUAGUAGUAGCCACAGAGACAAGAAAUCGCACAAGCAUUCUAAACAUUCUGAUAAGAAAGUAUGUGUGCUUACGAAAAGAAAAAGAACGGGCCAGCUUGCUAUGGAUUUUAAACAAACUAUCAUCGGCAACGAUAUUUACAAGAGCUGGCUUGAGGACGCCUCUGACCUUGUCGGAAGAAAGAAGAGAGCCAAAUCUAUCAAUAAAUUGAAGAUAGCACAGCUCAUGGACCUCCCUCCAGUAGCAAUUGUAUGCGGGUUAGCAGGCAAGCAUUGCACAGAGGUCUAUUAUCCGAAGCCACUGCUUGAGCUAUAUAGGAGAAGCAUCCACAUUCGUCCACCUCGUGAUUCAGCACCCAAGCCACCUGAACCAGAAAGAGGCUCCUUGGAGUUCUUUUCUCGCAGGCUUCUAAAUUGUGGACAAUUGUUCUAUCACUGCAGUGUUCCUUGAUCUGCAAGUACACAGGCUAUUUUUCUUGUUCAUUUCAGUCCUGUUUUUUGGUUUUUAUAUCCAACAGCAUGUCUAGGUUAGCAAGUACACAGGCUAUUUUUUGGUUUUUAAUUUGCUUGCUGGUUGCUUUGGUUCCUUUUCAUCAUUGGUUUCCUUGGUCUUAUUUCAAGAAAAAACGAACUUGAGACUGAAAUUCUAGAGGUAAAGAAUAAUAUACGGAAAUCUGAAGCAAAGAUUUCCUACCAGCGAGAAGCUAUUCGAACAAAGAUGGCGCAGAAAAACACUUUCUUGUUUGAACCUGCUCUAGGGAAUUUGUUCAGUUAAGGUUGCAAAAUGAUUGUAGAUCCGUGGCCCUUGCAGGUUGGUAACAGAAAAAGCAGUAGGAACUAGAACGAAUAGCGCAGUGCAGUAGACUAGUACCGUAUCUGAAUGUUUAUUUCAUGUUAACAUCUGAAAGCAUUAGGAGUAAAUACACACCCUGCAGUGCUUUUUGUACACAUCUAUGGGACAAUGUCAAUCCAAUUCCUUUUCGUCAUUCGUUUCCUUAGUAAUGAUGGUACAUCAGCUAAAACUGAAAGGUGUAGAAGUGUUUGAACAAGCCUACUAAUAAGACACACCAGUCCACAAUUUUUCUAGUUUAUUUGUUCUAGCUUUCGGUUUCUUUCCUGGGUUUCAAUGGAGUUUUAGUAUUGAUUUCUGUUUGUCUCUUUGUGUGUUCUGAUUAAGUCGUUCCGCUUAUCCCAAUGAAAGAAAACGAUGGCUUUGGUGCUCAAUGGUUAAGGCCAUUACUGGAAGCAAACUAUUUCAAUCCUUGUAGUGACCAUGGGGAAGAAAUGUCUAAAAGUGAAUCCAAAUAUUUCUGCUUGGAUUGUAUGGGUAAAUCCAUUUGUUCUUACUGUCUGAUUCAUCAUAGAGAACAUCGCAUUGUUCAAAUAAGGAGGUCUAACUACCACAACGUUAUAAGGGUUAAUGAAGUUCAGAAGCACAUAGACAUUUCUGGUGUUCAACAUUAUGUAAUCAACAAUGCUGAAAUCGUUUUUCUCAACGAACGCCCUCAAUUAAGACAUGGUAAAGGAGUUACAAAUACAUGUGAAAUUUGUGCCAGGACCUUGCUUGAUUCAUUCAGAUUUUGUUCUUUGGGUUGUAAGGCGAAGAAGAUGAUGUAUGCUGUGGAAAAAGCUAUGGAAUCUGUGGAAAAGCUUUCCAAGUAAACAUGUCAGAUCCAGAACUUCAAUCAGGCCACUUUGAUAUUUGUUCAGGUUGCAGGAUAGCAAUAAGGAAAACACCAAAUUGGUUUGCACUAAAGAAAAGCCUUUGCCAAGGAGGAAAAUACAGAAAAGGAGUCUGUACAGGAAAAGGAAAGGGAAGGAAAGCGUUGACAGUUCGCCAACCAGUUUUUUUCCUUCUGCAGUCCAAUUGUUCUUACUCAAUUGAAGUCCAGCUAUUGUAUUCAUGGUGACUCAUUCUUUAACACAAACUUCUAGUACUCCAUUGAAGUCUAGAGAUUGUAUUCAUGAUGAUUCAUUAACAAAAACUCAUUUCAAUAAAAACACUUCCUGAACAAAUUUUAGGGAGUACAAGAGAUUAUAGAAAUGAUUCAUUUUCCAUUGCACACGUAA